UGAUAUAAAUUCAAGAAUGAUAAGAGUUUUGUAACAUUUGAUUGUUUAGGAAAGAAAAGAUGAUGGGCAAUGUGGAAAAGGAGAAUAAAAAACCUAAAAUCAAUGGAUUGAUCGAUUUGAUAUUUUCUUGGUCUCUAACCGAUGUAAUGAACGAGGAUCUUUACAGGAAUCAGGUUGAGAGAAUUCCUGAAACUUUCUCCUCACCACAGAACUACGUCACGUCAUUCAUCUAUCCACUUAUUGAAGAAACACAUGCUGAUCUACGUUCGAAUUUUACAUCUGUGUAUCACGCACCUGCGCGUGAAAUUUUUUUUAUUGUAGAAGACAAAGAUUUCAGGCUUCCAAAGCAUUUGUCGUAUACCAUGUUCUUGGAAAGAUUAGAAUCAGACAAUGAGGCAGACAGUGAAAUAUACGAACCUGAGUUUGGAGAUUUAUUUGCUUUGACAGAUGUAAAGCCCAAAUGUAUUGACGAUUUGGACAGGCCUAAAAGACGUUAUACUAUUGCUAUAGUUCAACGCAAGGAGGAUGAUCAAAGCGAAAGGAAAAUUAUUCCUAUUUCAAUACUAUCUUCGAAUCCUAUAACGUUUGACAAGGAAGAGGGCCAAAAGAAGGACAAACUUUUUGCUGUUCAUCUUACUAACUUGACGACGAAUAUGCGCAUAUGGGAUGCAUUGCAUCCAAAUUUGUCAAGGGAAAAUAUGAAGAUCUUUAAUUCAUUGCUGCAAAUCAAUCCAGCUGAAGAAGUAAAUUGUUCGCUUUGUUUCGACGAUGAAACUAGGAAUAUUCAUGUAUCAAGAUUAAAGGAAGCCAUUGGCACUUUUGGAAUGGAUGAUUCACAAGAAGCUGCUAUUUUAAGUUGCAUUAUGACAAAAGAAUGUCAUCAUCAAAAUAACUUAGAGCUUAUAUGGGGUCCUCCGGGAACUGGAAAAACAAAAACAGUUGCAUCACUAUUAUUUGCCUUGUUAAAGAUGAAUUGCAGAACAUUGACUUGUGCUCCAACUAAUAUUGCUGUCCUAGGAGUUACAAAAAAAUUCCUGAGUUUGCUAAGUGGUACAUUGUCAUACGACACGUAUGGUCUGGGAGAUGUAGUUUUAUCUGGUAACGAGAAACGAAUGAAUAUUGAUAACCAGGAAGAUCUUUAUGAUGUAUUCCUAGAUUACCGUAUUGCUGUACUUCUUGAGUGUUUUGCACCAUUCACUGGGUGGAGGGGUAGUAUAAAAUCAAUGAUAGACUUGCUUGAAAAUCCCGAAGAGCAGUAUCAACGAUACUUGUCAAGUGAAAUUGAAAAGCAGGAAAAAGCUGAUGGUGAUGAUUGUGAUACUGUAAAUAAAAAUGAAAAGGAACGGUUCAGUAGAGGGCAACAGAGUGGUAGCCAAGAGAAAGAGACGGAGACGGAGAUGGAGAGUGGAAAUAUCAGAGAAAUAUUAAGGAAGAAAUAUAUGAAGGAAAUUGUCCAUAAAUUGAGAAGUAAGAAGAGAAAAUCGAAGCAUCCAGAGCCUUUCCAAAAAAGAAGUCAAUUGAUGCGUGAUCGAGGUGACAUUCCAUGGACAUUUGAGGAAUAUAUGAAAAGGAAAUUUAAUUCAAUAGGUAGACAGGUAAUUCUUCAUACGACAAGCUUGUAUACUCAUUUGCCUACUUCUUUUCUUAAUCUGGAAGUAGUAAAGAACAUGGUUUGGGCUCUUGACAUGCUCGAAACUAUAAAAACUUCGAUCCAUAACGUUAUUGUUGCAAAAGAAGAUUUACGAGGAGUCCUAAAAGGAACAGGAAAAAACUUCAACCAUUUGUGUAAGAUCAGAUUAGAGUGCCUUGAAGUACUGAAAUUUCUUCAUGACAAUUUCUCAUUCCCUCCAUUCAAUGACGAAAAAUUAGUUGACAAAAAAGAAGUUGGAAAUUUUUGUCUUCAACAUGCUUGCUUGAUAUUUUGUACUGCUUCGAGUUCAGCGAAGAUGCAACGUGAAGAAAUGACACCAUUUGAAUUAUUGAUCAUUGAUGAAGCUGCGCAGUUAAAAGAAUGUGAAUCUGCAAUUCCCUUACAUCUCCCUGGUCUUCGCCAUGCUAUACUUGUUGGAGAUGAGAAACAACUUCCAGCUUUUGUUCAAAGCGAGAUAUGUGAGAAAGCUGAUUUUGGGAGGAGUUUAUUUGAAAGGCUUGUGAUAUUAGGACACAGCAGGCACCUUCUUAAUGUUCAGUAUAGAAUGCAUCCAUCAAUAAGCUUAUUCCCGAAUACAGAGUUCUACGGCAAACAGAUUACGGACGGUCCAAACGUCAGGGAAGAAACCUAUGUAAGACGUUUCCUUAAAGGAGACAUCUUUGGUUCCUACUCGUUCAUUGACGUAACCAGUGGGAAAGAGCAAUUUGAUGAUAGGCGUAGUCGGAAAAAUAUGGUUGAGGCCUCUAUUAUUGCUGAGAUUGUAUCCAACCUUUAUAAAGAAUCUAUUACCUCAAAGCAGAAGAUCCGAGUUGGUUGCUUAUCACCAUACAAAGCACAAGUUUUUGCAAUUCAGCAGAUACUGGGAAAGAAAUAUAGUAAUGAUGCGGACAAAGAUUUUUCAGUAAAUGUUCGCUCUGUUGACGGUUUCCAAGGUGGUGAAGAAGACGUCAUAAUAUUCUCUACUGUACGAUGCAAUGGGAAUGGAUCAGUUGGUUUUCUUUCUAAUUGCCAAAGAGCAAAUGUGGCUUUGACUCGAGCAAGGGGAUUUUUCUGCAGGUACUGCCUUUGGAUAUUGGGCAAUAGCGAAACAUUACUAAAGAGUGGAUCCGUUUGGAAAAAUUUAGUUCUAGAUUCCAAGAAUCGGGGUUUUUUCCAUAACGCUUUUGAUGACAAAAAUAUGGCUCAAGCAAUUACUAGUGCCUUGGUUGAGCUCAACCAGUUUCGUUUGUUAUUUAACCCAAACUCCUUGGCCUUCAAAAAUGCAAAAUGGAAGGUCUGUUUCUGUGACGAAUUUUUGAAUUCCAUGUCAAAGAUUCAAGACAUACACGUCCGUAAAGAAGUCCUUUCUCUUCUUGAGAAGCUUGCAAGUGGUUGGCGUCAGCCGCCUAAACAUAACAAUUUCAGCAAACUUGACGGUGCUUCUUCUGAAUUGUUGGAAAUAUACAAUGUCAAUAGGUCAUUGAAAUUGAUUUGGACGAUAGAGAUUGUCCGUGAAAAUGCAAACGAGGUUCAAGCGAUCAAAAUUUUGGACAUUUUGCCACCUUUUAAGAUAUCUAUACUGGCCGAGAAACUCGAUGCAGUCUUUGGGAACUUUACAGUUAAUUAUAUGAGUCGUUGCUUGUGCAAGCGCAUUGAAGGGGAAAUGAUACUUCCUAUGUCAUGGCCGGUGAAUACAAAUAUUAAAAAUUCUCGUCCUGUCAAAGAUCCAACGGAUAAGUUAGUACCUCGACUGGCAGCAGUGAGUUUGAGAGAUAGACCAGGUACAUCAAUGGGAAGUCACAGGGAACGGCGUCAAGUCGACAAAGAGUGGUGGAAAACAGGACGUGAUGGAAAAUGGAUUUGAAUUGGCAUUUUUCUCCUGAGAAGUUCAAGCAAAAAGCGAAAAGGCUGUCAGUGUUAAUCUUGAUCUGAUUAACUGGUUGUGUGGAUGAAAAAUUGUUGCUUCAUUUAGUUUCAAGAAGAAAGUUGAUUUAAACCAAUUCUGCACCCAUGAUUAGCUAUCAUUUUAAAAUAGACAUGCUUAAAAUA